AACUCGAAAUCUCCAUAUACGAAUGGCCCCAACAGUUACCGCCCCGCUCCUCUCAUGAGCUCUCUCAAGUUUGUCGUGUCGUCCUUGGACGCCAUUGCCUCGUCCAAGGAUGCACAGAGAAACAAGCAGCUCGCCCUCCUGGCCAACAAGGCGCUAGACGCCAUCAAGGAGCAGGACAAGCUGCCCGACCCCGAACUCGUCUUUGCGCCCCUCCAGCUCGCCACCAAGACAAACAACACCCAGCUCAUCACCAGCUCCCUCGACUGCAUCGGCAAGCUCAUCUCCUACUCGUACUUUUCCGUCCCCAGCAAGGACCCCAACGCCGACCCGGAGCCAGGCGAGACCACGGCCGUCGAGAUUCAGCUGCAGAUUGUCAAGUCGCUGCUGGCCGCCGUCCUCAACGACAAGAUUGUCGUCCACGGUGCUGGCUUGCUCAAGGCCGUCCGUCAGGUUUAUAACGUCUUCCUCCUCUCCCGUAGCACCGCCAACCAGCAGGUCGCCCAGGGCACCCUGACCCAGAUGGUCGGCACCGUCUUCGAGCGCGUCAAGACGAGGCUGCACAUGAAGGAGGAGCGUCUCAACCUGGCCGCCCAGGCUAACGGCGGCGCCAACCACCACGGCGGGGCGAGCACGGACACUCUCGACGGCCACUUCGAGCACGACAUCCCUUCCAUCAUCGCCACGGCCGCCUCCGAUGAUCGCGAUGACAUAACGACGCAGGUCACCGGGAACGGCGACGAGGUCGAGAGUCCCAUCUCCAUCGGCGCUGCCAAGCUCACCCUCAAGGAUCUCGAGCACCGCAAGAGCUUCGACGACUCCAACCUCGGCGACGGUCCCACGACCGUCACCCGCAUCAAGGCCGCCGGUGGCAAGGCCAACGGCAACAGCCGCGACGACAGCGUCUCCGUCUCGGGCUUCUCCACCGCCACGGGCACAGGCACCAUCUCUGGCGCCGGCGGCCCCGAUGACCACGGCAGCAUCGAGGCCCUCGAGGCCGCUGAGGAGGACGAGAUCUACAUCCGCGACGCCUACCUCGUCUUCCGCUCCUUCUGCAACCUGUCGACAAAGGUCCUCCCGCCAGACCAGCUCUAUGAAAUCCGCGGCCAGCCCAUGCGCUCCAAGCUCGUCUCCCUGCACCUCAUCCACACGCUCCUCAACAACAACAUCAGUGUCUUCACCUCGCCCCUCUGCACGAUCAGGAACUCCAAGAGCAACGAGUCCACCUCGUUUCUCCAAGCCAUCAAGUUCUACCUCUGCCUCAGCAUCACGCGCAACGGCGCCAGUUCCGUCGACCGUGUCUUUGAGGUCUGCAGUGAAAUCUUCUGGCUCAUGCUCAAGUUUAUGAGGCCUUCCUUCAAGGUAACGUGUCCCUUCUCCCAUCCUCUCACCAUCCCUCCUCUGGCCCCGUCUCAAUCUAGCAAGCAUGACCGGUUCUGUGCUAAGGAGAUUGAAGUCAUCCUCAACGAAAUCUACCUCGCCCUCCUGUCCCGCAAGAACGGUCCCAUCUCGCAGAAGCUUUACUUCGUCAACAUCCUCAACCGACUCUGCGCCGACCCCCGAGCCCUUGUCGAGAUAUACCUCAACUACGACUGCGACCAGACCGUCGACAACAUCUACCAGUCCAUCAUCGAGGACCUUUCCAGGUUUGCCAUUGCUCCUGUCGCCAUCACGUCGUUACACGAGCAGGCAUACGAGGAGGCCCGCUCCAAGGUGUCCCCCGCCAGCGAGUGGCAGCUCAAGACCAUCCUGCCGCCGUCCCUCACCGUCGCCCGAAUCGUCCCCCCACAGGAGCCCGAGGCCGACUACCCCAAGGACUACGCCAUCAAGCGCAUGUCCCUCGAGGCCAUGAUCGAGUCACUUCGGUCGCUCGUCAACUGGUCCGCCGCAGUGCGGUCCGACGGCGACGGCCCGAGGGCCACGGCCAGCGCCGACGACAAGGACAACGCCAGCAACAACAAUAACCACGGCCUGUCCCUGGACGAGGUGCGCCCCUCGAUUGACCCGUCAAUCGCCGACAGCGUCUCCACGCCGCUGCCGCCCAACACGCCGGUCCUCGACGACGACCCGGAUCAGCUUGAGAAGGAGAAGGCGCGCAAGACGGCCCUCACAAACGCCAUUCGCCAGUUCAACUUCAAGCCCAAGAAGGGCAUAAAGCUUCUGUUGCGCGACGGCUUUAUCGCCAACGACAGCCCCCAGGAGAUUGCCAGCUUCCUCCUGCGCGAGGACAAGCUGGACAAGGCGCAGAUCGGCGAGUUCCUCGGCGAGGGCGACCAGAAGAACAUUGAGAUCAUGCACGCCUUUGUCGACUCGAUGGACUUCACCAAGACGCGCUUCGUCUCAGCCCUGCGCCACUUCCUGCAGUCGUUCCGUCUGCCAGGCGAGGCGCAGAAGAUUGAUCGCUUCAUGCUGAAGUUCGCCGAGCGCUAUGUCCUGGGCAACCCCAAGUCGUUCGCCAACGCCGACACGGCUUACGUGCUGGCCUACUCGGUCAUCUUGCUCAACACGGACCUGCACAGCAGCAAGAUCCAGAAGCGCAUGAGCAAGGAGGAAUUCAUCAAGAACAACCGCGGCAUCAACGACAACGCCGACCUGCCCGACGAGUACCUACUCAGCAUCUACGACGCCAUCGCCAGCAACGAGAUAGUCCUGACCAGCGAGCGCGAGGCCGCCGCCGCCUCGGGCUCCCUGUCGUCCCAGCAGCAGCCCACGGGAAUCGCUGCCGGCCUGGGGCAGGCUCUGUCCAACGUGGGGCGCGACCUCCAGCGCGAGGCCUACGUGCAGCAGUCGGAAGAGAUCUCGACGCGGUCCGAGGCCCUUUUCAAGACGCUCUUCAAGACGCAGCGCCGAAACGCCACCAAGGGCGGCCCCAAGUUCAUCCCGGCCACGUCCUUCAAGCACGUCGGACCCAUGUUUGACGUGACCUGGAUGUCCAUCUUCUCGGCCCUGUCAUCUCAGAUCCAGAAGGCCUCCAACAUCGAGGUCAACAAGCUCUGCCUCGAGGGGAUGAAGCUGGCCACUCAGAUUGCUUGCGUCUUCGAGCUGUCGACGCCGCGCGAGGCCUUCAUGUCGGCCCUGAAGAACGGCACCAACCUCAACAACCCGCAGGAGAUGCAAGUAAAGCACAUCGAGGCUCUCAAGGUCAUACUCGAGCUGGGCCAGACUGAAGGCAACGUGCUGCGCGGGUCGUGGAAGGACGUGCUGAUGUGCAUCAGCCAACUGGACCGCCUGCAGCUCAUCUCGGAGGGCGUGGACGAGAAUUCGAUCCCCGACGUGUCUAAGGCGCGCUUCAUGCCUCCGGGGCGGUCUGAAACGCACGACUCGCGAUCAUCGACGCAGUCGGCGCGCCUCAAGCAGUCCCGGCCCAGGGCCGGCACGGGCCCCCGCGGCUUCUCGACCGAGAUCGCCCUGGAGAGCCGGUCCGACGAGGUGAUCCGCGCCGUCGACCGCAUCUUCUCCAACACGGCCAACCUAACGGGCGACGCCAUGGUGUACUUUGCCAAAGCGCUAGUCGAGGUCAGCUGGGACGAGAUCAAGGUGUCCGGGUCCAACGAGUCGCCCCGCACGUACAGCCUGCAGAAGAUUGUCGAGAUCAGCUACUACAACAUGGACCGCGUCAGGUUCGAGUGGAGCCGCAUCUGGGAGGUGCUGGGCGAGCACUUCAACCUCAUCGGAUGCCACAACAACAUGAAUAUCGUCUUCUUCGCCCUCGACUCGCUGCGCCAGCUGUCGAUGCGCUUCAUGGAGAUUGAGGAGCUGGCGGGCUUCAAGUUCCAAAAGGAUUUCCUCAAGCCCUUUGAGCAUGUGCUGGCCAACUCAAGCAACCCCACAGUCAAGGACAUGGUGCUGCAGUGCCUGAUCCAGAUGAUCCAGGCGCGCGGCGACAACAUCCGGUCCGGGUGGCGCACCAUGUUCGGCGUCUUCACCGUGGCGGCGCGCGAGCCCUACGAGAGCAUCGUCAACCUGGCCUUUGACAAUGUCAACCAGGUGUACCGCACCAAGUUCGGCAUCGUGGUGUCGCAGGGCGCUUUCACCGACCUCAUCGUCUGCCUGACCGAGUUCUCCAAAAACCUCAAGUUCCAGAAGAAGGGCCUGGCCGCGCUCGAGCUGCUCAAGUCCAUUAUCCCCACCAUGCUGAAGACGCCCGAGUGCCCGCUGUCCCAGAAGCACAUCGACCCCGACAGCAGCGCUGCGGCCAAGAAGUCGACGGACUCGCUCAAGCGCACCAACACAUCGGUCGAGGAGGGCUUCUGGUUCCCGGUCCUCUUCGCCUUCCACGACGUCCUCAUGACGGGCGAGGACCUUGAGGUGCGCUCCAACGCGCUCGAGUACUUCUUCAGCACCCUCAUCAAGUACGGCGGCGAUUUCCCCCCGGAGUUCUGGGACAUACUGUGGAGGCAGCAACUGUAUCCCAUCUUCAUGGUGCUCCGGUCGCGGCCGGAGAUGUCUAACGCCCUCAACCACGAGGAGCUGUCGGUCUGGCUGUCGACGACCAUGAUCCAGGCCCUGCGCAACAUGAUCACCCUCUUCACCCACUACUUCGAGUCGCUUGAGUACAUGCUCGACCGUUUCCUGGAGCUUCUGGCCCUGUGCAUCUGCCAGGAGAACGAUACCAUCUCGCGUAUCGGCUCCAACUGCCUCCAGCAGCUCAUCCUCAAGAACGUCACCAAGUUCACCGACGAGCACUGGUCCAAGAUUGUCGGCGCCUUCUGCGAGCUGUUUGAGCGCACCACGGCCCACCAGCUCUUCACCGCCGCCGCCAUCAACUCGACCGCGUCCCUGUCGCCUCCGAACGGUCUCGACUUUUCCACCAACGACCAGCAUCACGAUGCGGCCGUGGUGGGCGAUAGCAAGUCUCUCAAGAUUAACGGUCACGAUGACGAGGUACCAGGUGCCUCUUCCUCCACGACCGGAGACGAUGAAGAUGAUGACGAGGAAGACGAGAAGGACGACGAGGAGGUGGAGGAGAGGCCCGCGCCCACACCGACGAUGCCAGCCCGCCUGGAAGAGUUCAAGCCGACGUCUAACCUGCAGCAGCAGCCGGUGGUGGUGACGGCAGCGCGCCGGCGCUUCUUCAACCGCAUCAUCUCACGGUGCGUGCUGCAGCUGCUCAUGAUCGAGACGGUCAACGAGCUCUUUAGCAACGACACGGUGUACGCGCACAUACCGUCGACGGAGCUCCUGCGGCUGAUGACGCUACUGAAACGGUCGUUCCAGUUCGCGCGGCGCUUUAACGAGGACAAGGAGCUGCGCAUGCGCCUCUGGCGUGAGGGCUUCAUGAAGCAGCCGCCUAACCUUCUCAAGCAGGAGAGCGGUUCUGCGGCGACGUACGUGUCCAUCCUGUUCAGGAUGUUCGCCGACGCUGACCCGGAGCGCAUGCGCAGCCGGCCGGACGUCGAGGCGGCCCUGGUCCCGCUGUGCAGGGACAUCGUCAACGGGUACACGGCGCUGGAGGAGGAGAGCCAGCAGCGUAACAUUGCCGCCUGGAGGCCCGUCGUCGUCGACGUGCUUGAGGGCUACGCCACCUUCCCUGACGACGCCUUCAGGGCGCGCAUCCCCGACUUCUACCCCAUGACGGUCGACCUGCUGGGCAAGGACCUGACGCACGACCUGCGCUCCGCCCUGCUCACCGUCCUCCGGAGGGUGGGCGAGGUCGGCCUCGGCAUCCAUGGUCUGGCCAAGGCUGGUGGGCGUCGUAGAGAGAGCAUGCUCAGCAAUGCUGGCGGUGGUACGGAUGCACAACACGAAGAUGGUGUGCCUGUCUCGGACCAGAGUGAGGCGGCGGCCAGGAGAAUGCUCUAA